GCGGGCAUGGGGGACGCCAAGGGGGCCGGGGCCGGGGCCGGGGCGCGAGGCGGGCUCGGGCUGCUGGCCCAGGGCGAGGCCGACGACGCGAACGCCCAGGGGUCGGCCCUGCUGCUGGGGGGCAACGAAGUGAAGAGCCGGGCCGUGGUGAAGUAUUCCUCGGCUCCUCCCCGAGCGGCCUUCGCGCGCCUGGAGGAGAAAACGGACUUGAAACUCCCACCUGCCAACUGGCUGCGGGAGAGCGCCAAGCUGGGCCCGGCCGGAACCACCAUCCUCGGCAACAGCAAGAAAAGCAAGCCCUUCUCCAGCUUUGGCAUGGCGUACGACUUUAUCGAUUCGGUAGGAAACGAUGUCGACGUUGUCUCGGACUCCGAGAACAUUAAGAAGCUCCUGAAGAUCCCCUACAGCAAGUCGCACGUGAGCAUGGCCGUGCACCGCAUCGGGCGGACGCUCUUGCUGGACGAGCUGGACAUUCAGGAGCUCUUCAUGAGAUCCUCACAGACCGGCGACUGGACGUGGCUCAAGGAGUUCUACCAGAGGCUCAUUGACCAGAAGUGGCAGAGGAAGAAGAAGAGCAAGGAGCACUGGUACCAGAAGGCCAUUCUGUCCAAGUUCUUGUACUACAGCAUCAACGGCGAUGGAGCUGCUCAGCCCGUGCCGUCCGCCGAACCGCAGGAACCGUCCAGCUCCGACCAGGCCCACGACGCGGACGGGGCCUCCUGGCCCGCCCCGUUUGAGAUGCCGCCCUCCGUGUCCGAGGACCCCAGUGCUCCCAGUCAGGAAAGGGAGCCUCUCGAGCCCUCAUACAUAGUGGGCCAUGUGGCCUCAGCAGCCCAAGAACAAAACCUCACUCCUCUGUUCAAUGACGGGGAGAACAGUCAGGGCCUUAAAAAUGAUUUUGUUCGCAACAUUCUCUGGACCUUUGAAGACAUCCACAUGCUCGUGGGCUCCAACAUGCCAAUCUUCGGGGGCGGCAGGUACCCGGCCGUCAGCCUGCGGCUCAGGGACAACAACAAGCCGAUUAAUGUGCUCACGGGAAUUGACUAUUGGUUGGACAACCUGAUAUGCAACGUUCCGGAGCUCGUCAUGUGUUUCCACGUGAACGGCAUCGUGCAGAAGUACGAGAUGAUAAAGACGGAAGAGAUUCCCAAUCUGGAAAACUCGAAUUUCUCUACGAAAGUCAUCAAAGACAUUGCGCAGAAUAUUCUGUCCUUCCUAAAGUCCAACUGCACCAAGGAAGGACACACCUAUUGGCUGUUCAAAGCGAGUGGCAGCGACAUUGUGAAGCUCUAUGACCUCACCACGCUCUGCGAAGAGACCGAGGACAAGUACCAGAACCCUUUCACCAUGCCUGUGGCGAUUCUCCUGUACAAGGUCGCCUGCAACAUGAUGAUGAAGAAGAAUCAGAACAAGAAACACUACGGGACUAUCCGAACGUUGCUGCUUAACUGCGUCAAGUUGCUGGACAAAAGCCGGCAUCCCCAGAUCAUUGCUUCAGCCAAUUACAUGCUUUCAGAACUUUUUCAGUUGAACGAACCUAGAAAGGAAGAAAGCUCAGAGUCGUCUUUGAAUGAGAAUUCUGACGAAAGCUACAGCGAGGAGGAGGAGGAGAUGCCGGACAGCGACGAGAACGGGGCCUACAGCACCAGCUCCGACCCCUCCGAGGAUAACAAGGCCGUCGCCAUCAUUAAGUCUGUUGGGGAAUUGUCAGUUCCAGAAAAGUACAAAUCCAUUCACCAGAUCAGGCCGAGCUGUGCGUUUCCGGUUUGCCACGACACGGAGGAGCGCUGCCGGCUGGUGCUGAGCUACGUUCUGGAGGGAUUAAAGUCCGUGGACAGCAGCAUUAAAAAGGAGAGUGACCUUCCUGCCGCCGACCCCAGCACCCCCAUCCCAUUAAAGUAUGAAGAUGAGUCGGCCAGAGGGGGCCCCGAGGGCUUGGAGAAGCAGAUGGCCUUGUUUCUGGACAAGAUGGGCUCCCUGCAGAAGGGCCACUACUCCAUCCAGUCCGGAAUGAUCCCCGGCUCUUGGCAGCACAAAAUGAAACUCCAGCUGAUUCUCAAGUCCUCCAAGGCCUACUACGUGCUGUCGGACGCGGCCAUGAGUCUCCAGAAGUAUGGCCGAGCGUUGCGAUACAUCAAAUUGGCUUUGCAGAGCCACGACACGUACUGCUGCCUGUGCACCAACAUGCUGUCGGAGGUGCUGCUGUUCCUCUCUCAGUACCUCACGCUCUGCGGCGACAUCCAGCUCAUGCUGGCCCAGAACGCCAGCAACCGGGCCGCGCACCUGGAGGAGUUCAACUACCAGACGAAGGAGGACCAGGAGAUCCUGCACAGCCUCCACCGCGAGUCCAGCUGCCAGGGAUUUGCGUGGGCCACUGAUUUGUCUACAGACCUGGAAAGUCAGCUCUCCGUUAGUUGUAAAUGUUACGAAGCUGCUAACGAAAUCUUGCAAUUCAGUGACUUGAAAAGCCAAAACCCCGAACAGUACGUCCAGAUUCUGAAGCGGAUGGGAAACAUCCGGAAUGAGAUCGGCGUGUUCUACAUGAACCAGGCGGCGGCGCUGCAGAGCGAGCGCGUGGCGAGCAGAAGUGUGUCGGCCGCAGAGCAGCAGUUGUGGAAAAAAAGCUUUUCUUGCUUCGAAAAGGGGAUCCACAACUUCGAGUCCAUCGCCGACGCCGCCAACGCCGCGCUGCUGCUCUGCAACACGGGCCGGCUCAUGCGGAUCUGCGCGCAGGCGCACUGCGGCGCGGGCGGGCUGGAGCGCGAGUUCUCCCCGGAGGAGGGGCUCUACUACAACAAGGCCGUGGAUUACUACCUGAAGGCGCUGCGGGCGCUGGGCAGCCGGGACGUGCACCCGGCCGUGUGGGACUCGGUGAACUGGGAGCUGUCCACCACCUACUUCACCAUGGCCACCCUGCAGCAGGACUUCGCGCCCUUGUCCCGGAAGGCCCAGGAGCAGAUCGAGAAGGAGGUCAGCGAGGCCAUGCUGAAGUCUCUGAAGCACUGUGACGUGGACUCGACAUCGGCGCGGCAGCCCCUGUGCCAGUACCGCGCUGCCACCAUCCACCACCGGCUGGCCUCCAUGUACCACAGCUGCCUGCGGAACCAGGUGGGGGACGAGCACCUGAGGAAGCAGCACCGCCUGCUGGCCGACCUGCACUACAGCAAGGCCGGGAAGCUCUUCCAGCUGCUGAAGGACGCGCCCUGCGAGCUGCUGCGAGUCCAGCUAGAGCGAGUGGCCUUUGCCGAGUUCCAGAUGGCCAGUCAAAAUAGCAACGUCGGGAAAUUAAAAACCCUCUCGGGGGCCCUGGACAUCAUGGCGAGGACGAAGCACGCCUUCCAGCUCAUCCAGAAGGAGCUCGAAGAGGAGAUUGAGCCCCCCGAGUCCGAUGCCGCCGCCCGCGCGGCCGACGCUGCUCCCAGCCUCCACCGGGAGGAGGUGGUCAAGCUCCUCGGCAUCUUCGAGUCUCGCUUCUCCUUCCUCCUGCUGCAGUCCAUCAAGCUGCUGUCCUCGGCGAAGAGGAAGGCGAGCAACGCCGAGGAGGACGCGGCCCUCAAGACCCACAAGCAGGUGUACUCACAGCUCCUGAGGGCCACGGCGGACAAGGGCGCCGGCCUGCGCGAGCGGGUCGGGCUCCUGGUGCGCCUGCUGGACCUGCAGACCCGUGGCGGCGCCCCCGAGGGCCCCACGUCCACACCACAGCCUCGCUGACGGCCCGGCGCAUCCUUAUUAAAGCCACGCGGCAGACACGG